CCGUCCUCCUUUCCACGCUCGCCGAGCGUCCCUCCACGCCGCUCAGACUCUGGCUCUCCGGCUACGCCUUCGAGUGCGUCCUUCACAUGGCCUUCGUCUUCUUCGAGUUUCGAACCGCAAUUCGCGACUCCUUCUCUCACUCUACCUAUAGCAUUGUGAAGAAGCUGGAGCCUAUCAACACUCUGGCAUCAUCUCUUUGGUGGGUAUUUGGAUUUUAUUGGAUUGUUGUGGGUGGCCAAGCACUUUUGGAUGAUUCUCCACGUCUCUACUGGUUAACAGUGGUCUUUCUAGCCUUUGACGUAUUUUUUAUAAUCUUUUGCAUUGGGAUGGCAUGUAUAGUUUUCUUUGCGCUCUUCUGCAUCAUCCCAGUAAUAGCACUAGCUUAUGCUAUGAGAAUAAGAGAAGGGGCAUCAGAAGAAGAUAUAAGAUUACUUCCAAAGUAUAGGUUUAGUCAGUCAAAUUUAUUGUUGAUGGUCGAUGACAACAAGAAGCAACUUGUUAAUAAAGCAAAAGUAGAUUCAUGCAAUGGAAGCCAUAUGAGUGAACUUUCUCUCCAUCCAGAUGAUUCUGAAUGCUGUAUAUGCCUAUGUCCAUAUGCUGAUGGAGCAGAACUGUAUCGCCUUCCCUGUACCCACCAUUUUCAUUGCGGAUGCAUCAGCCGUUGGCUACGAUCGAAAGCAACCUGCCCGCUCUGCAAAUUUAAUAUCCUUAGAGGUGAUACAUUGGUUUGAGAUAAAGAUUGGACAAUGGUGAGAUGCAUUAUCGCUCGUAACAACAUUGGAGAGCCAAAACAUUUGAUACUCUGCUAACUAGUGUUGGUAAAUAAUAAGUAGAAAGAAAAGGAAAUGCUCCACCCCGUCAGCUUUUACUGGGUUCUAGUCAUUUAGGAUUGCAGUUUUCAUGAAGCUCUUGCAUCUUUUAGUGCAAAAUGUUCUUAAUUUUAUGACGGGGGUAUGAUGUAUAUAUUGUGGGACCGUAGAGAGGGUCUCCCCAAAAUUUGUACUUAUGAGGGGCUUUAUAAAAACAAUUUUUCUGUACAGAAAUCCUAUUUAGUUUGA